CCCCCAUCUCACAAUGAACGCCCGAAGCAUCGCUGGGGCCAUCCGCUCCAUAGGCUCGACACCCACGGCCUCCAGGCUGUUGUAUGGGCGCCCCGCCUUUCUCACCUCCAGUCUGGCCCACCAUGUCGCUCAUCGGGCCCUUCGAACUGCACCCAGCGGAGCUCCAAGGCAAGACCACUUCUACAAGCAGCCCGAGCGGCGAACGCAAGCACGGCCAAAGGAGCCUGCCAGCUCCGAAGCGGCCGCCACUCCCGAAACCGCAACCGACUUUGUGCCCGUUCCGGCCGAGGCGAUCACACAGAUCUCCGACAUUGUCGACAUCCCUGCCGACAGUCCCGAUGCGACCUUGACCACGGCAUCAUCGGCGUACAGUGUAUUGGCCCACUCGGCCCUCAUGGUUGGAAGGCAGCUUGAGAUGAUGAACAUCCUCAUAGGCUACGAGCAAGCAAACAAGUAUUCGAUCACAGACGCCUCUGGAAAUAACGUGGGCUUCAUCGCAGAAGACGAGAGCACCUUCACCGGAUCGCUUCUCCGACAACUCAUGCGGACACGGCGUGCAUUCGGUGCGGACAUCCUCGACAGGAACGGCCAGCUUGUGCUCAAGGUUCGACGGCCGGUGAAGUGGCUCCUCAACAGCACGAUUUCAGUCCUUGAUUCUCAUGACCAAUGCAUUGGCGAGGUUAAACAAUCUUGGCACCCAUGGCGUCGCAAAUACGAUCUUUUCGUCGGCAAGCGACAAUUUGCUGUCAUCGAUGUUCCUCUUCUGGCCUGGGACUUUGAGAUCUGCGACGAGGGCAGCGGCUCCCUUGGCAGCAUCAACCGCAACUUUAGUGGCUUUGCCCGCGAGAUCUUCACCGAUUCAGGACAGUAUGUCAUUCGCAUGGAUGCAACCGAACAAAAGGUCCGCUCACUUGCCCUCGACGAGCGUGCCGUCAUGCUGGCCUGUGCCAUCAACAUCGAUAUCGACUACUUUAGCCGACACUCCAACACCCACGGCGGGUUUUUGCCGGUGCCAGUAGUUGGCGCGACCUCUGUUCCGGCACCAGUUCCACCAGUCGGCCCUGGUGCUGGAAUGCCGAUGCCGAUGCCAAUCAUCAUCCCUGGAAGUGGCGAAGCGGCACCACAAGGAACGAACUCAACCACAGAGGCCUCCACCAGUGACCCUGGACAAACCGACUAUAGUAUUCCGCCUGCUCCGACUCCGCCCCCACCAUCACCCGGAACCAACCAGUGGGGCGAUGAUGGCUUCUUGACCGAUGAACAAGCGGGUGUCAGCAGCGGUGAGGGACUUUCGGGAUGGACGUCCGUCAUCAAAGAUUUUUUCGAGGAAUAGGACGAUCGGAGGGGGGAACUGCUGUUUGUAUCCAACAAGACACAUCGCAAAUGCUCGCUGAAAGGCGAUGUGUUUGCUCAAAUGUGAUGCGCCAUUGACCGAAUUUAAGAUUGGAGUCACUGGGGGAAAUUAUGAAUGACAGAAGACUGCCUCC